AGGAAAGCCUGACUGCGGAAGAAAAAAAAUGCACCAGAGAUAGAAAGUACUUAUAUCAUUUGAAAACAGUUUUACAUUAACAACAUAUUUUUGUGUUUUACGUAUUCAAAUGACAUCGGUGCAGCUACAGGUAACGUUUCUGAAAGCUUCUGAAAACUUGCUAGUAAGCUUCCCUCCUUGUUCGCUGCUGUAUUUUAUGGACUGAACGAUUACAGAUCUAAAUGAUGUGGGGAGAAAUUGAGCCUUGCCCCACGUCCAGUCCUGUUAGCUUUGGCAAGUCAAGCUGUAAGACAGAGCUCCAUUAUCCCGGGUCGGGUCCGGAGGAUGUGAAGUACGAUUCUGGAGAUGGCAAGGAACAGCCGGUGGACGACGCGGUAAGAAAGGAAGCUGAAGACCGCGCUGAAGCUCUGACGGAAAUUUGGAGCACGUGUCCCAGCCACCUGUCGGCCAUGAUCGAGGCCGUGGCGGCCAGCGGGAGCCCGGUGAAGAGCCAGCAGCUGGGGGAUCCGGACCUGACGCUGGAGGAGAGAAGGCGGGUCCUCCUGGAGCAGUACCGGGCCAAGCCGCUGGUCUUCCUGGAGCGCUACGAGGCCCACCUGAAGCCCGAGCACCUGGGGGCCUUCGCCCACCUGAGCACGGACUGCCGGGCCCAGCACUACUGCCGGGAGGUGCAGAGGAGAGCGUCCAAUCGGGCGGCCCGCACCAGGGUCCGCAACCACCGCUACGCCGCUCUCCGCACCCUGCAGCAGGAGGGUCAGUACUUCAGCGAGGAGCAGAUGAGGGUGCGUGAGCCGCUCCUGUAUGAGCAGUACAUCGGUCAGUACCUGAGCGAGGAUGAGCUGUGUAAGCGCUCAGCGGAGGCCAUGUCGGCAGGGUGCGGGGGCCUGGCCGACCUGCUGAUGAACUCCUACCAGGAGAGACUUCUCCAGAACACGCUGCAGCAGCAGCAGGACAGGGAGGAGGAGGCGCUGGAGGAGACGGAGGAGGACGAUGAGGACAGUGAGGCCGGGGGAGGAGAACACUGGGAGCCCAGCGCGGAGGAGAAGGCCCUGCUGAGGGAGGAGUUUCUCACUCAGAUGCAUCAGCGAUUCUUAGACGGCAAGGACAAGGACUUCAACUACAGCGAAGUGGACGAGAAUCCAGACUACGACAAUCUGGACAUUGUGAGCCGUGACGCAGAGGAACGGUACUUUGAUAAUGAUGAUGACGAUGAAGAGGAGGAAGAUGAAGAUCUAGAGGAAGAGGAAGAGGAAGAUGAGGAGAUGCAAUAGCAUACAAAAAUGACUUAAGUUUUCAGUGUUGAAGAAAAGCCCCACAAAUGUAAAUGCAAUUGUUCAUGUAGUUGGUGUUUAUUUUCAUCACUAUGUAAUUGAACUUUGCAUACAUUCAGCAUAUUUCUCUGUAAAUUUCUCUAUUUUCUUUGUUUAAUAGUUUCUGUAUGAAAGGGUUUCUCAUUAAAUAAUGUAACUGUUUAUAGA